UGUCUGGGAUUUCCAUUAAAUGCAGAUCCAUAACAUCAGUACAUUUAUUUAAGCCCACAAUGUAGUGGCAAAAGAAUAAACCAAAAGAAUUCAAGAAAACAAGGCACAUCUUGUAUAUAAUAUCCAGAAGAAAAACUCAGUUUGCUGUUUGGAACACGGAUUUCCUCAGAGUGCCAGACAACCCCAGCCAGGUCAGAGGUCAUCUGUGACGUGAUGCCAGCCAGCCACCUGCCCAUCCUGCUCUCCCUGAGCGCCCUGCUGCUGUCUCCGCUGCUCACUGGCUCCUUGGCUUUAUCUCCACCUAGGUUUACGAAAGUACCCGUCGACAUGAUCGGCGUCUCCAGAGGUAUUAUAUCCUUCGUUUGCCAAGCCACAGGUGACCCCAAGCCGAGAGUAACCUGGAAUAAGAAAGGAAAGAGGAUAACAUCUCAACGCAUCGAUACAAUAGAGUUUGACGAAGGUGCGGGGCUCGUCCUAAGGAUCCAGACUCUCAAAGCACCUCAAGACGAGAGCAUCUACGAAUGCGUUGCGGAGAACAGCGAAGGUGAAAUCAGUGUCCAAGCUAAGCUGUCCAUCCUUGGAGAGGACCUGCUUCCUGAUGGCUUCCCUAACAUCGACAUGGGCCCGCAGCUGAAGGUGGUGGAGCGCACGCGCACGGCUACCAUGCUUUGCGCUGCCAGUGGUAACCCCGACCCGGAAAUCACCUGGUUCAAAGACUUCCUUCCCAUCGACAACAGCACUAGUAAUGGCCGAAUCAAACAGCUCAGAUCGGGUGCUCUGCAGAUAGAAAACACUAAGGAAACUGACCAGGGAAAGUACGAGUGUGUGGCGUCUAACGUGGAAGGUGUCCGAUACUCUUCCCCUGCCAACCUGUAUGUGCGAGGUAGGGAGUAACCUGGCUGUGGAUCCCAUCGAAAACAACCAAUUAGAGAUGUAUGACCAGUCACAUGACCUGUUGUAGAUAAACUAACACUAAGGCACAUUUGCAGUAAAAAAAAAAAAAAAAAUCUGAUAUCCCAUAUGUUUAAUGGGUGAUUUUCAGUCUUCUCUCUAAUGGGUGGAAACUUGAGUCAUACAGGUAUGCCCAUCUUUGAUUCUUGUCUUUUUCUGUCCAUUGUACGACCUCUUGAGAUGUCUUUCUCUCCACAUUGGACUUGAAAUGGGAUUUUGUCUCUGGACCUCAAAGAGAUCGCUUUCGGAUCACUACGAGAUCACUACGCUCCUGGUCGUAGUGAAUGAGGAGUGUGUCCGUCCAAUUGGACUGCUCUGUAUUUCUCCGGAUAUCACAGCAGAAAGCACCAUCACACAUCAAA